CCUGCGAUUCUAUUCCAACCAGAUUUGCAACGAUACCCAUUACGUACUGACGACGAAUCGAAACGAAUCGAGGCGCGCUAACUUCAGACAAGGGGGUUUGGUAAUAAAAAGGGCAACCUCAACAUCCAAGCUACCUCCCUCACAACACCUACACCAAACAACCGAAAAAGCACAAUGUCAAACUACUACCAACCCCAACAAUCCUACGGCCCCGGCGUAGGAGGCGGCGGCGGCGGAGGAGGAGGCGCUCAAAACCUCCAGUUCUACCCCUCCUCCUACUCCCCAGCCGGCGCCGUCUCGGGCCAAGCGACCCCACAACAGGCCUCGUACGGCUAUGGAGCUCAACCCGCCGCAGCAGGCGGCUUCGGCGGCGCGGCGGCUUUCGGUGCCCCUCCUGGCGGCGGCGUCGGUGUGUCGGGUCGUAUGGGCGAGCAGGGCGGUCUGCGCACGGGUUGGCUGGCGGCCUUUUCGACUGAAGGGUACGAUGGCGAGCCGCCCUUGCUCGAGGAGCUUGGGGUUAACUUUGGACAUAUUCAGGCAAAGACUCUGGCGGUCCUGAACCCCUUCCGCCGAAUCGAUCAACACCUAAUGGACGACGCAGACCUCUUCGGUCCCCUACUCUUCGUCCUCUCCUACGGCACCUUCCUCCUCCUCUCCGGCAAAAUCCACUUCGGCUACAUCUACGGCCUCGCCCUCCUAGGAAGCACCUCCCUCCACAUCAUCCUCUCUCUCAUGACGCCCACCGACGCCCACCCUUCAUCGGCCCCCUCGGCACCCCAAUACGGCGGCCCCGUCUCCUCCGUCGGCGGAGGCUACCCCGGCGCCCCCGACUCCCACCACGACCACCCGUCGCGCAAUGCCGCGGGCCACUUCUCCUCGACCCUGACCUUCACCCGCUCCUCCUCCGUGCUGGGCUACUGUCUCCUGCCCCUGGUCGCCACCAGCGUCUUUGGUGUCUUCAUGCCCAUGGACACGCCCCUCGGUAUUGUGUUUACUACCAUGGCUAUCCUUUGGUGCACGUACUCCGCCUCGGGCAUGUUCUGCGCCGUUGGAAGGAUGAGGGGUAUGCGCGGGCUCGUGGCAUACCCGCUUGCGCUGUUUUACGUCGGGUUCGGUAUCAUGGGUAUUUUCAGCUCUAGGGGCAGCGGCGGAUCUUUGGCCAAGGCGGCUGCUGGGCUGAAGGGUUGAACGGGUAGGGAGAUUCGCAUGCAAGAACCUUACAAUCAUUGGCAAAUUGGUUAGACGCGAGGAAACAUCGAAAAAAACUCCAGCCGCGACGGGAAGGCGUCGUUCAUAUCAUGGAGACG